AUGAUGGAACACAUUGAGAACGUUGGCAAGCAUGAAAUUGAUGAAGCAAUUGAAAAUUCGACAGGAUUUCUGAAAAAAGAUGGUACUGAUGAAAAACUGCGGCGGUUGUCAUCACAAGAAAGAAUCCCUCCCGGUCCCGAAAGCAACACUGUUGAAGGGGGUGGCAUAUUACUUCAAGACACUGGCCAGCCAACUGACCAACAAACAAACAUGGACCAAGCAAACGUAUUAAAUUGUCGAGAAACGUUUGUCUUUAUUGACGAACCAGUUUUUGAACUUUCAGCAUUAUUGGAAAUAUUUGAACCAGGCCACAAACAAUCUUUUUAUGGGAAAAUACCGUUACCAUCACUGAAGCCGUUAUCAGAAACAUCAUUUUUAUCGGCCAUGUUAAAGGUGGCAUCCUCAUUAUCGCUAUCACCUAACUUUGAUGAAUGUGCAAGCGAGUUGUGGCCUGUCAUUAAUUCCCCGCCACUCCUACAGUUGCUCUCCGUCCCGGCCUUGAGACCCUACGCACCAGUCCCGUCGUACAGCUACAUAAUAUCCGACCAGAUACCAUCGAAAGAAAUCUACUCAUCUCUGCGGAAGUUACUGCUUCCACACACUCCUCCUCCCCCGGAGUUAGAUCGCUGCCGCGUUUGCCGAAAAAUUUUCAGUCCGGAUGACAUCAUAAAAGUUCCUCCGUGCUACCACCACGCACACAAGACAUGCCUGGAUCAGUGCAUCAUUACGAGCAAGACAUGCAUUACAUGUGGUAGUACAAUCAAUGGAGAAUCAGAAACGAUGGUAAUGCAGUCAGACUUGAGCAUCAACGGUGACAUCAGAGCAAAUUUUGAAAACGGUUCGGGAUCAAUCAUCACAUAUUCACCCGUCAGAGGUUUCGUGGUCGACAGCUUAAAAAUUAUUACCUUGAAGGUUCAGUACAAAAAAAGCAACGAUAACAUUGUGGUGAGAAGCAGCGGACUUUCAACUUUCAACCGUUCUGACGUCGAGGUCACCUUCAUGCGAGAUAUCAUACAGAUUGAAAAAAGUGAUCAGACUGUUGCACUCGAUAUUUGUUUUCUGAGUUUGCAUGAAAAAUUGCUGCUAUAUCAUAUAUCAGAGACAAACAAAAAUACCUUUGAAUCCACAUUAAAUGAGACUUUGGACAACGAAUUCAAACAUAAAAAGAAAAUAGAUGAUUUCUUAAAAGAAGCAUAUAAAAAGAAUAUAAAGUUUAAAGAUAUAGAAAUUCAUCCAAACUUAACACAUUUCUUAAAAGAAUUUUACAAAAUACGAAGAUGUGAACUUCUUAAUAUCAUCCGGACGAUGGAAUUCAAGCAGCAGAACGCAGCCAAACGGCCAGUUCCUGCAUUUGACGUCUUUUUCAGCAGUGCUCUCUCAGUUUACCAACUGCUCUAUUGCAAAAUUUUUAAAAAUAUAUUGAAAUGCCAAAAACAUCAACCUCAACAACAAUCUCGACCAGAGCCCCAUCAAUUACUGCUUGAAGAACAGCUUCUACUAGAAAAACUUGCGAUAAAACUUAAAUUAUUGAGAAGAGUAAUGAAAAAAUGUACAGUUAAUUCACUAGAGCAAUGUUUACAAAAAAUUUUUUUAAAAAGGCCGACACUUUUGGACAGCCUCGAAGCUGAAACUAACUCUUCGGAAAGUCGAAUACGUGAACUAUAUGAAGAGAUAACUUUGGAGAUUGCAAAAAAUUUUGACGGUAACCAUCCCUACACUAAAGAUAUUUAUAUGUUUCUGCCCUCAAAUAUUCAAAUAAAACUUGGAAAAAUUUACAAAUCGAUACGGCGACAGUUGCAACAACCACCGCAACAACCGCCGCCACAACCGCCGCAACAACCGCCACCACAACCGCCACAACAACCACCGCCACAACCGCCGCAACAACAACAUAUCAUUAUUUUUCACAGGUAA